AUUCACUCUAUCGCGUGUUUGAGGGGACGGGUAGUUGGAGUAAGGAGUCGCCGGGUGGUAGUGCAUCACUACGCCUUUUUCAGAGAAACAACGUCAAGUCUUUUGCACCACCGACUGAAGAGACGACUCCCGGUGACAACUUAUGUGAUACUAUUUCACGCCACAACUGCGCCACAGGCAUAUUCAACAAACGCUGCCGUUCUUUCCAUCUACUACUAGCCAGUUAGCAUCCUUGAACACUGACGGAUCAAGGUGUUGUGAACAGUUAGCCUCCCAGCUAAUUACCCAUCAGCUAGCGCUCUGUGCCGUAGCAUCAUUAGCUCCAUCGAUGCUUGACCGUUGCUUGUAGUAGUGGAUCAGUCCACGUUCAGACAAACAAACAGCGGAGGUCCGGUGCGCCUGGAUACGGCGUCUGCGUUGCGUUAGUUGACACCAUCACACCCAUCUCCCCAACCCCUUCACCUCUGCCCCUGCCCCUCCACCCGAAACACUGGAAAUCCACAAGCGGCCGGAGAACGGCGAAGGGCCGGGAAAGCUGGGGGUGGCAGCGCUACCGGACUCACAGGGAGUCACAACGGUCCUAGAGAAGCACGGCCGAGCGGAGACACCGACAGGCAUGGACGGGCUGGCCGUGGAAGUGCGCGGCUCCAAUGGGGCCUUCUACAAGGGUUAUAUCAAAGAUGUCCAUGACGACUCCCUCACGAUUGUCUUUGAAAACAACUGGCAGCCUGAACGACAGCUGCCCUUCAGUGACGUGCGGUUGCCUCCUCCAGCAGACUACCACAAGGACAUCGGCGAAGGGGACGAGGUGGAGGUCUACUCCAGGGCCAACGAGCAGGAGCCGUGUGGAUGGUGGCUGGCCCGCGUCCGCAUGAUGAAAGGGGAGAACAAGAACAAAGAGAAGAAUUGUCAGCAGUUCUACGUGAUCGAAUACGCCGCAUGCGACGCCACGUACAACGAAAUCGUCACGUCAGAGCGUAUCCGGCCCGUCAACCCCAACAGUCCCUCGUCCAAAAACUCCUUCCACAAGGUGCCCAUCCCUGUACCAGAAGACCUACGAGACAUCUGUGCAAACGACAGCAUCCACAAAGACUUCAGGAAAGCAAUCGGAGCUAACUGCAUCUUCUACAGUGCCCAGACACAUGAACUCAUAGUGCUGUCAACAAAUGAAACCACAGUAAAGCGUGCAACCCUUCUGAGUGACAUGCAUUUCCGCAGCAUCAGAACCAAACUCAUGUUAAUGUCCAGAAACGAAGAGGCCACCAAACAUUUAGAGACAAGUAAGCAGCUAGCAUCAGCAUACCAAGAGGAGGUGAGGGUCAGAGAAGACCUGAUGGGGCUGGCAAUUGGCUCUCACGGCGCCAACAUUCAGCAAGCCCGUAAGGUGCCCGGAGUCACAGCCAUUGAACUGGAGGAGGAGAGCUGCACGUUCAGGAUUUACGGAGAGACCCCAGAAGCUGUGAAACAAGCCAGAGAAUACCUUGAGUUCAAAGAAGACUACUUUCAAGUUCCCAGAAACCUUGUUGGCAAAGUCAUUGGCAAAAAUGGUAAAGUGAUCCAGGAGAUUGUGGACAAAUCCGGAGUGGUGCGCGUCAGGAUCGAGGGGGACAAUGACAAAAAGCUUCCCCGUGAGGAGGUAGGCAGCCAACAGGGCAUGGUUCCAUUCGUGUUCGUGGGCACUAAAGAGAACAUCAGUAAUGCUCAGGCCCUGCUGGAGUACCACGUGUCCUAUCUACAGGAGGUGGAGCAGCUGCGUCUGGAGCGUCUGCAGAUUGACGAGCAGCUGCGUCAGAUCGGGGUGGGGUACAGAGCCCCCCCUAGUGGCAGAAACAGUGGCCCCGGCGGUGACAGGGAGAAGGGUUACCUGACCGACGAGAGCAGCAACUCCCUGCACACCUCCCGCACCUACGGAGGCAGAGGCAGGGGGCGCCGCACCACCAACAACCAGUACUCCGGAUAUGGCACAAACUCUGAACAAUCCAAUGCAUCUGAGUCGGAGGAUGUGGACAGAGAGCAGCGGCCCCGGGGCCUCGGUGGUGAGGAGAGGGGCUCUAGACGCGGCGGCCGAGGCAGAGGCUCCAGCUCAGGGCGGGGCCGUGGUGGGCCAGUGUCCAAACCCUCCAACUCUAUCAGUUCAGUACUGAGGGACCCGGACAGUAACCCGUACUCUCUGCUGGAGGGCGAGGGUGAGCUGGCUGAUGGAGAUGUGAAUGAGGGUGCAGGGGAGAGGCGCAGACGCUCUAGACGCCGCCGCACUGACCAGGACCCCAGUGUGAUGGAUGCAGCAGAGUCCGAUGGCCAGGGCGGCCCCAGUGAGAAUGGCCUGGAUGAAGAAGCCAGACCUCAGCGCCGCAACCGGAGCCGUCGCCGCCGUAACCGUGGCAACCGGCCUGAGGGAGGUUCAGCCAGCCGCGACAGACAACCGGCUGAGGUGACAGUUGCUGACUACAUAUCUCGUGCUGAAUCCCAGAGCAGACAGAACCUGCCCCAGAAAGAGAACCACACUGGACCUGAGCCCAAGGAGAACGGGACUAGCUCCAAGAAGGAUGAGCGAACGCCAUCUAAACGCUCCCCCAGCAAAGGCAUGAACACAGGCGGUGACACUGGCCUAACCCUGGUCAACGGGGUGUCGUAAAGCACGCAGCCCACCCGCCUCUCACAAACCUAAGUCUAGAGCAAGACUUCAUGGCAAACUCUGUCCCUGCUUGCAUUAACGUAAACCUUAAACCGAUGAGACAAAAUACUGAAUCCAUACUAUGAGAGUGAAAAAGUACAAAAAAACGACAAACGCAUCUACUUAAAACCACACGGUGUAUGCUAUCCUAUCUAUCAGUACUUAGUGCUUAUUUAAAAAAAAAAAACAACUAGCUUGCCAAAAAAGAGCUGGUGGAUAUGACUUGAUUUUGAAAUACUGAAACACGAGAAACAGGACAAGACGUUUUUGUUUAAGAAAAUCUUUAUUUGUGUCUUUUAUUUUUGUUCAUUUCGUUCAUUGUUUAUCACUGGUUUGGACUUGGCGGUCACUCUCUCUACCGAACAGUGUUACAGUAUUGAGAGGUGUAAGCUGUAGGGAGUGGCGCACGAGCAGGCUGUCCAAAUGGGACGCACUCUGAACCUGGGAGAUUGGAAUAUUAAGACAUUGUGCCUUGAAUUUGAAAAAAAAAAAAAAGAUAUAUUAAAAACAUUCUUCAUUAAGUUUGCUAUUGUUACUUAAGGGGGGAGAGGUUGUUCUUCCAGUUUUUUUUGUUUUACGGAGAGAAAAGAAAAUGGAUGAGAGGCUAAAGAAGCGGAGGGAGUGGCUGGCCAAGGUGACAAGAGGUGCCAAAAUCAGAAUAUUUGGGCACUUUCUAGGGUUAUGUAUGCGGUUGCGUGUGAGAUUUGGCAAAAGGAAAAAACUGAGAGGGGACAAUUGGUAACUACUAGAGGCUUGUGCUGGUGAAGCGACUACCACUAAGCCUACACAGGGUCCAAAAAAACGGCACUGCUCGUAAAACAGGACAGGCUAAGAAAAAAAAACUAAAAAAACUCACGAGAUACCUAGAACUCACCGCAGCUCGGCUCAGUGUCGGAGGAGGCAGCGGUCACAACAGUGUCUUGAAACUAUAGCUAAAAACCACUACGACAGAAGCAGAUCGCCGGCCGCCUCUCCGGGACAUGCGGUGCUUCGGAGAGGUAAGAGCGGAAAGGCCCGAAAACGUGUGGGACAGCUUCAACACGAGAGCCAAAAACAGACACACGACCACAACAAAAAUCACGCCCAUUCUAACCAGGUACGCACGCAAAUCACUCCGAGCGGUCGACGUAAACGUGUGAUCAAGGACUUCUGUCUCGUACCUCACAGACUGGGUUUCAACGGCGCGAGGGACUUUGAAACUAUAACUCAACGGCUCUCUGCUCAUGUUGUUGUCUUGGUUACCGCUCUCAAGUUCUAUUUUUUCUUUUGUUGCUAUUUCCACAUCUUUAGAAAAUAAUAAAAUCCAAAUGAAAUCAAACUCUUCUCUGGAGAUGAACUGUUGAUUUCUGUCUCGUGCAGUCUAUUUUUCUAACCUGCAUGGCGUUUGGGUGACAA